AUGAAGCCUCAUACUUAUCAGUUCCUCGUCGGCGUUUUCGCCUCGAUGGGUUCGGUGCUCUUUGGCUACGACUUGGGUGUCAUCGCUGGUGUAGUCGGGAGCACCUCCUACGCUGAGCUGUUCAACGCGAAUGCGGCCCAGAAUGGAGCCGUCGUGUCUCUAUUCACAGGCGGUGCCUUCUUUGGCGCCAUGUUUGCGGGCCCGGCGGGUGAUAUACUCGGUCGUAGACUGACGAUUAUGUUGGGUGCUAUCGUGUUCCUGCUGGGUGGCGCUAUUCAGACUGCUGCUCAGACUAUUAAUUACCUGUAUGGCGGACGAGCGAUUGCUGGUCUGGGUGUUGGUUUCUUGACUAUGAUUAUUCGCGAAAUAGCACACCCUUCGAUCCGUGGCCGCGUCACCGGUUUACAACAAUUCAUGCUGGGUAUCGGUGCCUUUCUCGCGGGAUGGAUAUCAUGGGGAUGCUUCAUCAACCUGACCAACGACGGGCAAUGGCGUAUCCCACUCGGUAUCCAGAUGUUGCCUGCUCUCAUCUUAGCUGCUCUGAUCUUAUUAUUCCCUGAGAGUCCCCGUUGGCUCGUUGACCAUGACCGCGCCGACGAAGGACUCGCUACGUUGGCUAAACUACACUCGAAUGGCGAUAUCAACGACCCUUGGGUCCAGGCCGAGUUCGCACAGAUUAGGGAGACGAUUACGUUUGAGCACGAGCAUGAGGCUAAGAGUUACCUGGAACUCUUCACUAACCCCUCUGCCUUCCGCCGCCUCUUUCUGGCCUGCUCGAUCCAAGCUGCGACACAAAUGACCGGUGUAUCCGCGAUUCAGUACUUCUCCGUCACGAUUUUCGCACAGAUCGGUAUCUCCGCCGAUGAAGCUCUCAAGUACCAGGCUAUCAACAGUAUCCUCGCGCUCAUCGCGCAAUCGUUGUGUAUGCUUCUGAUUGAUAAGUUCGGUCGUCGACCUACGAUUAUCGUUGGAAAUCUGGUGAAUUGUGUUAUGUUCGUCGUCGCGACGAUAUUGCUCGCGCGUUUCCCGCCGGACACGAAUUCUAGCGGAACUGCGGGGUGGGGGUUCAUUAUUGUGACUUGGCUGUAUAACAUAUCCUUCUCCUUUGCCUGCGGUCCGCUAUCUUGGAUCAUACCCGCCGAGAUCUUCGACACCCACACCCGAAGCAAAGGUGUAUCACUCGCAACUAUGACUAGUUUCGCUUUCAACACGCUCAUCGGACAAGUUACUAGCAUCGCCGUCGACGCCGUUGGUUGGCAGUAUUUCAUCCUGUUCGCUGUAUGCAAUGCGACGAACGCUGUUUUCUUCUGGCUUGUAUUGCCUGAGACUAAGCGUGUGCCGCUUGAACAGAUGAGUACUGUGAUUUUCGCGCCUGAUGCCCCGUGGAUCGUUGUGGGGAAACAGUCUGAGGCGUAUAGAGCAGCGGCUGCGGCUGCGGCUGUUGGGCCUGAGGAGGAGGAUAUUAAGAAGGGUGGUGUAUAG